AUGGCGGUUGAUUCUGGGCCAAAGUCUUUUCGUGAUAUUGUGCGCAACAAUAAUCGCUUUCUCGUCGAUCCUCUCCAGUGGACUUCACGCCAUCUUGAUCUGGUAGGGUGUCGGUUCGAAGAUAUCGCAACUACCCCUGUCUACACAAAAUCGACUCAAAAUGAGAGAAGCAAUGAUGGCCAAAACCCCACGCUUGCAUCUACAUAUUUAACUGAAAAUGAGAGGAACAAGAAAGACCAAGAAACUUACCCGAAGCCACUUCAAUCUAAUGAUGCUGAAGCCCUCGCUACGGGGUUGUUUCCUGAGACAAAGCGUGAUUGUCUCAUCAAAAUUUUGGUAGUCAACAUUGCCCAUUUGCACAUACAAGGUAAACUACAGCCUGGCAGUAUGGCCGAUAUAUUUAUAGGGGUAACUGACAACUCCAUGGAGUAG